GACCGUGUGACGUCGAGCCGAGGCUCUGGCUGUUUAUUGUUCCUUCCUGAGCACCGACAGAGAAAAACAGGCUAACAGGCUGUCAGCUACGUUUUUCACACGGUUCACGGUUGGUUUUACGAAGGUGUAACGGUCGAGACAGCUGACUGCACAAACCAGGGGCCAUGGCGUACGCGUACCUCUUCAAAUACAUCAUCAUUGGAGACACGGGUGUGGGAAAGUCAUGUCUAUUACUACAGUUCACAGACAAGAGGUUUCAGCCAGUUCACGACCUCACCAUCGGUGUGGAGUUCGGAGCGAGGAUGAUCACUAUAGAUGGCAAACAGAUCAAAUUGCAGAUCUGGGAUACGGCUGGUCAGGAGUCGUUCCGGUCCAUCACCAGGUCUUACUACAGAGGAGCAGCAGGCGCACUGUUAGUCUAUGACAUCACAAGAAGGGACACCUUCAACCACUUGACAACCUGGUUAGAGGACGCCCGCCAACAUUCCAACUCCAAUAUGGUCAUCAUGCUCAUUGGCAACAAGAGUGACCUGGAGUCGAGGAGAGAGGUGAAGAAAGAGGAAGGUGAAGCAUUUGCCAGAGAACACGGCCUCAUAUUCAUGGAGACCUCAGCCAAGACUGCCUCUAAUGUAGAGGAGGCUUUCAUCAACACAGCCAAGGAGAUCUAUGAGAAGAUCCAGGAGGGAGUGUUUGAUAUCAACAAUGAGGCUAAUGGUAUUAAGAUUGGACCCCAGCAUCCUACCACCAACUCCACACUGCCCAGUAGCCAGGGAGGCCACCAGGCUGGAGGAGGCUGCUGCUGAAGCCCCAAAACAAACCUCCUCCUUCUCUUCCUCCGGUCCCGGCCCUUCCUCCUCCUCCUCCUCCUCCUCCUCCCCCUCCCCCUCCUCGCCUUCUCCGACCCUCCCUUGCGUUUCUACAGGACUGUCCAGGCUCACUAACAGUUUGUUAACGUCUCUCUCUCUUUACUGCUCCAUUCUUUCAUACAUCCAUCCCCCCCUGUGUCUUCUUCUUCUCUCUCUCUGUGGGUCUGGGGGCCCCAGAAGUCAACCCGACUUCCUGCAGUCUUACCAGGACAGAGUCAGCAUCACCUGCAGAUUUAACCACCUUAUUCAGAAGUUUUGUAGUUUCCUCUUUUUUUUUGGAUUAGAUGAAGAGAUUUUAAGCUUUUUAUUUAAGAAGGAAAAAAAAAAACGCACCCUUCCUGGAAUGUUCAAUUCCAGCAGUUUAAUUUAUGCAUUUCCUCUUCAUUCAUGUUGUUGGGAUAUUGCAGUACCUCACAAAAAAACAAACAACUGUCUUUGGCAAACGGUGGGUUGACUUUGUCUAGAUAGAGACAGGACUGGGGGAGUAGAAAUUAAACACUCUCUACAGCUGACUGUGUGGAAUAAACCAGGCGCUGUGUUGUGUCUAUACACACAUCUGUACAUGUUUUUAAAGACAAUGUUGAUAGCAGGACAUGUUUCUACAUGCUGAGUCAGUUUUCAUGCUGUGCCUGUGUGUAUAGGGACGAUACAAGUAUUCCAGGAUGUCAGUUUGUGAGGUGCGAGAGGCAUUUCGAGUCACUCUGUAUUUUCUGUCCAUAAAAAAAGAAAGAAAAUGUGCAAAUCUUGUUUUUUUUUUUUUUUUUUUGCGUCUGUCCUUUCCUUGUUUUUUUUAUUAGUUUUUUCCUCGUCAUGUUAUUCUGUUGUCUCCCGGUCUUUGUGCCGUUUUUUUGUUGACUUGCAGAAGAUUUGUAUUUAAUGAACACUAAAAACAAAAAAAAGAAAAAAAAAGAAAACUGGUUGUGGCUUAAGAAGUGUUUUAAAAUCGCCUGGGGAGAGAAUAAAAAGACCAAACUGUUGAGUGUGAAAAUGGAUCCUUUUCGGAACGACACAAAAGAAAGCUUGAAACGUUGAGGGAUGUUGAGAGCGGUGGCUGCCAUUAUGAAGUUAAAAAAAAUAAUAUGACGGAUAUAGAUCGGAAAUGGAGACUUUUUUUUUGUUUACUGUAUUUAUCGGGCGCAUUUCUGUGUAUAUAUGGCUCUUUAGGUUUCUGUAGCUUUUUUUUUUUCUGGCUGUUUAAGGUGAAACUUGGCAUGUUGUUCAAGUUACUUCUUUACUGGGGGCUGGAAAAAGAGACGGGCCUUCAGACAGCCUUUUUAGCAUUUUUAACAAGUCUCAUUUAAACCCAAAGGUACUGAGCCGCCCUGCUGCAUUAGGGCCGCUGGUGCCCUUUCUUUUAAAUGACAAGUAUGAAUGAUAACAGGCUGUUAACAGGACCGUGCAGAGGCAUUGAAAGUCCCCCGGUGGAGAACAGACUCCAACUGAAAAUGUCAAAGCGUCUCCCUUUUUAAGCAACACUUCCACCAUGAAUUAGCUGGCAGAUAUAUAUAUAAUGUAUACUGUUUAGAGCUUGAUCGAUGACUGCUGCAAUGUUUUUGUUUUGUUUUUUUUUGCUUUGAGAUCCCCGAUGUAAUAGGCACCAUUUUACUGUUAUGAUCAUAUUUUACUGCUUCGGUUACUUAUCGUUCACCCCCUUCCUCUCACUCCCCCUCCCCUCCUCUCCUUCUCUUUCCUCCGACUGUGUGGUAACAAUAGCCCUGUACCUAUUUUUAAUGCCAAAUUAUUGUGUUUACCUGUGUUUUGUCAAGGAAAAAAAAAAAAAAAGAGGGAGAAUUAAAACUCCUCUAAUCUGACCUGAAAUCAGCUGUCUGCCUUAACCCUGAGAGAUUUGGACAGCUGCUAAAGUGAACGACCCGUUUAUCUGCAGAUAGGCGUUGUACCACUAACUAACUAGUCACAUGCAUAGAUGCACACUUAGGUUGAGCCUUAGAAAGAAGCCUAGUUUGGAUUUUUUUUUUGUCUAUAAUUGGGGGCAUUUGAGAUGAAUCUAAAUGUUAUUUUCUUCCCAUCACCCUCCACACACACACCCCCCACCUGCGUACAGUUUGCGUAUGCAGACGAUGCAUACAUCUAUAUUCCCGUCUAUCUAACCUUAGCUGUGUUUUCUCUCCAGGCUAACUGUAUAACUGUUUUGGGUUUCACAGCAGUGCGAGUGAAUCUUGUUUUCCUCGGCAGUGUGUUCUUCUUUCAUUUUCUUUUUUUUGUUUUGUUUUUUUAAAUUCCUAGAUAUAUUCAGACAGUUAUUAAUCUUAUUCUGAUGAUGAUUAUUCUUUGUAAAGCAACAUGUAGUGUGUGUGUGUGUGCGUGUGUGUGUGUGUGUGUGUGGACCCAGAGGGGUUACAGGGGGAGGAUCAAGCCAAACCUGACGCAUCUAUCUAUCUAUCUAUCUAUCUAUGGAUUGAUCUAUCUUAUCUAUGUGGCCCUCCUCUCUCGCUCUUCCCUCCUCUUCUUCCUGCCUCUCCUCCUCCCCCUCAACGUUAUUUGCUGUGUUUGUUCUUUGGAAAAAAUAAAACCUAAAAAAAAGAAAAAAUGAAAAUGCUAUCACAAUAAACUAUAAUAAAACAUUCUAAACUCUAAACAUGUCAUUUUGAUGGUUAUGUGGCGAUGAAAAAAAAAAAAAAAAUACAGUGUUUGAAAAAAAAA